AUGCUUCUGGCUGCAAACAAUUUCUCGAAUUUAUUGGCAGCGGUCGGCUUCGCGGUCAACUUCUGCUAUGUUAUUCUUCUGAUAGGAGCUGUACUGUGGCCUUUUGUGAUGCUGAAAAGUCCAAUGGACUUUUGGCAGGGUGCUGUCGGUGCUGCCGCGUCAAGUACCGUGGCAGCAAUAUUGAUCGUCGCCGGGUCCAUCCAUGAUGCCCCAGUCUGUCAGCAGGUCGUCAGUUAUCCGGAGUUUUCGUUCCACAAUCUCUUCCUCGCUUAUGGGACAAUAGCCUUUGCCUAUGGGGGACACGGCGCUUUUCCGACGAUUCAGCACGAUAUGACGAAGCCAUUCCGUUUCAAUCGAGCCGUCUGGGCCAGUUAUAUUUUCAUCCUUAUCGUGUACAUUAUUGUGUCAUCGACAGGCUACGCUGUAUACGGUGACAGCAUGAGGAAUACUGUUAUCCCUUCUCUCCAGGUUGGUGGCUCAACGAUCACCUUGAUGACUAUGCUGCUGCCCAGCGUCUUCUACCUGUUCCUCUUUGCAUCUCAUAAGAAACGCAAGGAUCUCAUCAACACGAUGCAAAUCUCACCUGAUUCGCCUGAUGACCAACUCGCUGGACUAGUAGACAUAUGGCGAUACACAUCCAAACCUGUACUGCUCUUCAAUGCCGUCUCUUUCGUAUUUGGCCUGAUUGGCGGUAUCGCGGCUUCAUAUACAGCUGUGCGAGAGCUGCUGGACGCUAAAAUGGCACCACCUUGUUACGUUCAAUGGUUCACUACCGUCUACACACGGUCGCCUCAAGUGGAGCGUCAACGCAUUGUUGUGGUCCCUACAGGAAUUGGACUGUCAGUGGUGCAGACCCACUGCACGUUUGCCUAUAAGUUAUGUAUGUACAGAUAA